AUGGCGAGGAGGAACAUCCACUCGUCCACAAAGAGGUCGUCGUCGACGGAGCAGAUGCUACUUACACCCAUCGAGUCGGCACCACAAACGGCGCUGGCCCCCUUGUCGGUGCUGCCCCUUUACAUGAUCAUCCGCUCACUCCUGACCACGACAAUCUCGUCGUCGCCCAUCCUGCUGCCGCCGUCGUUGUGGAUCGUGUCGGUGCUCGCCAACACGACGAACCCGAUACUCAACCCGGAUAAGAACCCGCUGCUGCGGUUCUUCCUUAAGCACACGUUCUAUGCCCAAUUCUGCGCGGGAGAGAACCCGGUGGAGGUGAAGCAGACCAUCGACAAGCUCAAGGACAUUGGAUUCACAGGGGUCAUCCUGGGCUACGCCAGAGAAGUCGUCCUCGACGAUGCACAGACCAAGGAUUUGGCGUCAUGUGGCGAGGGCGAGAUGGCAGAGGAAUGCAUUCGCAAUGAGAUCAUCCCUUGGGCUGAGGGGACCCUGGAGACGGUCAGGCUGGCCCAGCGGGGUGAUUUCGUUGCUCUCAAGUUCACAGGUGCAGGCCGGCAAGCGCUGUACUCCCUCGCAGAACGUCUCCCCCCCUCGGCCGCCCUGGCCGACUCAAUCGACUCCAUCUGCUCUCUCGCUUCAGAGCGCGGCGUCCGUCUCUUGUUUGAUGCCGAGCAAACGGCGCUGCAGCCCGGUAUCGACAUCUGGACCGUUGAGUAUAUGCGCAAGUACAACGCUUCUCCCGGCAAUGCCGUCAUCUACGGCACUUACCAGGCAUACCUCAAGUCCACGUCUCAGACGCUCCGGCGCCAUCUAAUGAUCGCCCGUGGUGGGGGUUUUACGUUGGGGGUGAAGCUGGUGCGUGGCGCCUACAUCAAUUCUGACCCUAGGCACCUUAUCCACGACACCAAAGCGGACACCGAUGCCGCAUACGAUGGCAUUGCCGAGUGUCUCUUGAAGAGGCAGUGGGGCGAGAUCUUGAGGGGAGACUCGCAAAUGCCUCCCGUCUGCUUGGUUCUCGCCUCGCACAACGCCGAGUCAGUAAGGAAAGCGCGAGCCAUAUGCGAUGCUGGCGAGGCCAGGAUUCAGAUGGCAUUCGCACAACUCCAGGGCAUGGCAGACGAGGUGAGCUGCGAGCUUGUGUCGAAGAAGCCGGGGCACCAGGAUGCGAAGGCGCGGGGUGUAGACGCAUACAAGUAUCUCAUCUGGGGAUCGACCAGAGAAUGCAUGAAAUACCUGCUGCGGCGGGCACACGAGAACCGCGAUGCCGUGGAAAGGACACGCGAUGGGCGAGACGCAAUGUGGAGCGAGCUUUUGAGGAGGUUCAAGGGCGUGAUUGGGGUCUCGGUAUGA